UUUCACCAGUGACUGAUGAACUUGUUUGGUAUGAUAGGUGGUCCGAGUCCACCUUCCACAGCCAGUAUCCCCCUGUUUGAACAGGGCGAGAAAAAAGACUCUACCGAUUUGCAGAUAAGAUCAUUAGUUUAUCUAUAUAAAAGGCUCCGAAUUUGUAAAUUAGCGUCUUUUUUAAAAGAUGGGAGAUUGAAAUAUGUGGAUGGAGAGGAGGAUGAAGACAAUCUGUAUUUUAAGAAGCUUGAUGUGUUGUAUAAUACUGAAGGGUUCAAGAAGAAACUUGUUGAAGAGAAUUAUCGGAUCACCAUUGAUUUUACAAAGAAUAAAUUUCGGUCGUUUUGCAUUUUGAGUGAAUACCCAAGUGAAAGUCUAACCAGACCAUCUUCUCCCGUGAAGGGGCAGUCUGUGAACGAGGAGUUCAGUGAAGGGUACCCCGUACUAAAAGAUCAUAAAGAGAAAAAGAGUAAAGGAUUCAAGUUUGUUUAUUUACCAUUACAGAUAAGAAUGAAUGAUUUGACUAGCAUACUUGCCAACUCAGAUAUAUAUAUCGAGCAUUUCUCAAUGUUCUCUUUGGAGGAGCGAUAUACGAAGGCUUUCAAAGCGGUGAAGCUGGUGAUUGAUAGUGAUCGAUAUGAUAAUGAUAAAGUCGUCAAUCUAACGUUAGAUGAAAAAGAGUUGAUCAUUAGAAACUAUUUGACCAGUGUUGCAUUUGCAAUACAAGUCAAACGUAUAUACCUGGAGUAUAUGAAGAAUGCAUUGAAAUCGAAUGAAUCAAAAAAGGAGCCAGCAUCGCCAAAAAAGCUAAGUUCGAAACCUUCAAUUUCCAAUAUAUCCAGCACUUCCCCUAUUAAAUUGAGUUCAAAACCAUCAAUUACAAACUUAUCGAAUGAUUUGAAUAAAUUAUCGGUGGGAGCAACUCCCAAAUUGAAAUCAAAACCCUCAAUUUCCAAGUUAAAACUUGAAGAGUUAUAUAACCCAGUCGCAGCUCCUCCAAAGUCUCCCACAAAAUCUAGACCAUCGAGACCAUCUUCACCCACAAAAUCCCCAACUAAGUCUUCAAGCAAGUCUACGAGUAAAUCAGCUUCGAAAACAUCCAGCGAAACCUCUUCAUCCUCUGUUGAUUCAGACUUGAUGAAAAAAUGUGAAUGGGCCGUUUCUGACAAGCUCGCAAAGGAAUCGGUUAAACUUCAGCCCAAAGUUUGUCAAGGUCCAAGGGAGACGUAGGGUAAUAAUUGGCUUGGGGUAUAUGGCCAUCGGUGAAAACGUAAUCUUUUAGAAUGUCAUCAUUAGAAAUGGAAUUUUCAAAAUUAAUCAAGACUGGCUUUGCAUAUUUUGCAGUGUC